UUGAUUAUGAAGUGUGCGCUAGCUAGCUUUUAAAGUUUUUUGAACAAACCCCACAUAAUAGUGCCAAACCUUACCGAGAAGGAGUCCUUAAAUGCUGCAGUUGGUGCAGUUGUGCAGCCCCCAUUACUGCAUCAACAUUAGCCACGCAACCACAUAAGAGAGAAAAGUCUCUCUAUCCAUCUAGCAUUUACAUUCUCUCAUUCAUAUCAAUUACUACUACUACUACUACUACAUCCACAAUUUCAUCACAACUCUCUCUGUAGAUAAACAAACAAUACCUUACCUUGUUGUGCCAAAGGGCAAUGAACUAUAUUCAGACCAAAUGCGUGGUUAAGCGCAAAGGCAAAGAAACAGCUGCUGAAACUGAAACCUUGUGUUUUACAAAGUCCAAGGAUAACAAUAACAUGUGCGACCGCCACAGCGGAAAACGCUACCCUUUGUUGUCGUUUUGGGAGCUGCCGGAAUACAUGAAGGACAACGAAUACAUUCUACGUUAUUACAGAGCUAAUUGGCCUUUCAAGCAAGCUCUCUUCAGCCUCUUUCGUUGGCAUAACGAAACCUUAAAUGUUUGGACCCAUUUAAUUGGGUUUUUACUCUUUCUUGGAUUGACCCUCGCCAAUUUAAUGAAGCCUACAGUGGUGGAUCUCUUGGAACUCUUUACCAGGUCUUUUUCUUCAAGCGCGGAAAAAAAUGUUUCUCAUAACGUCAAAGAUUUGUUUCAGGGAACAACAUUACUCUUUGAUCUAAAUCAUCAAACGCCUUUGACAAUCGAACUUCAGUCCACAGCACUGGUUAUAGCAAGAUGGCCAUUCUUUGUUUUCCUAGGUGGUUCCAUGUUCUGCCUCCUCUCUAGCAGCAUGUGCCACCUCUUUUGUUGUCACUCCCGUGACUUGAACCUGUUCCUGUGGCGAAUGGACUAUGUAGGAAUAGUUGUCAUGAUCAUAACCUCCUUUUUCCCUCAAAUCUACUAUGUCUUCCUAUGUGAACCUCACUGGCAAAUCAUCUACCUUGCUGGGAUCACAGCCAUGGGACUAUUCACCAUAGCAACGAUGCUCUCUCCGACACUUUCGACUAGCAAAUACCGCGCAUUUCGGGCCAUGUUGUUCUGUUCAAUGGGACUUUUCGGCAUUGUGCCUGCAAUCCAUGCAUGCUUUGUGAAUUGGAGCAAUCCUAGACGCAACAUUACCUUAGCAUAUGAAAUUGGCAUGGCCUUGUCUUACUUGACAGGAACCUUAUUCUAUGUGACAAGGAUACCCGAAAGGUGGAAGCCUGGGUGGUUCGAUUUGGCAGGUCAUAGCCAUCAAAUAUUUCAUGCUCUUGUUGUUGUUGGGGCAUUGGCACAUUAUGCAGCCACUCUUCAAAUGCUAGAGUGGCGUGACUCUUUUGGGUGUGACACGGUUCUAUGAUCCAUAUAUGUCUCUUUCACAAAGAUAAACUUAUAUGCAGCAUAAGAUGGAUUUGAUUGGGGUUUUCAUAUUAAUUGUAGUGGCCCAAGCUUUUCUCUGUAGUGAUAUUAAGGAGCAUUGCUUCAUUGUUGGGUUUCAAGCCUGUGAUAACUACCAAAGUCCAAAGAGGCUGUGAUUCUUCUGAAUAUAAUUAUUUAAUUCUCCUCUUCUUUCUCUAGUGCCUUGAUUUUGUUCCCUUUUGAAUUUGUUAGUCAAUAUAAUAGGAUUGUACCUA